GCAGGAUCAACACACCGAACGAGACGUUCUGUUGUUGCAAUUCAAAGAUAACCCUCGUUUCAUCAAUUGAAAUUACGCGGCAAUCGUGCAUCUACUGAUUAUAUUCACGGAUUAUCUUAGCCCAAGGAAUCUCUUUUCCGGCACUCUGAUCACGUGCAACUUUUGGACAAUUGUCUCUGCGUGGAAACACAGUUCAGGCAUACGUUGUGGAUUUGUAGGCUUGAAGGGUUGGUAGAGCAAGAGCUGGGAUAAUUGGAUUGAAAGUAUGGAUCAGAGAGCCACGAUGGCGCAAAGCAAUGGCGUCGGAGAGGCGAAUCUUGCGAGAGGCACACCGCCGGGUGCUUCAGGUCCAUCAGGAGCCUCAAGAAUGGCAGACCCUCCUGGAAUACUGAGGAAUGCAGAGGCAAGAAUUUUGAAUCCAGACAUUCCGAAUUUCUUACCCCAUGAAAAGGUUUUCCCGAUUCAAAUCGGGACGGAACUUUUUCGGUUGAGUGGUGCUAGUUUGAGUUCUGAUGAUUCUGGAUGGACAAGAAAUUUCAGAAUGAGAACACCAGCUAAGAAACCUAGAGCACCCUCAUACUUUUCCCAAUAUUUUCAAUGUCAAUUGAGGUCAGCGGAAGAGAGAGGAGAAGAUCCAAAUACAGCUAUCAGGACCCUUUAUAUCGAUCGGGAUCCCAUUACGUUCAAAGAUAUAUCACUUCAUUUGCAAGGAUACCAUGUUGCACCAAGGGAUGCGAGUCAUUUUGUUAAAUUAUUUGCCGAUGCUCAAUUCUAUUCAUUACCAAGGUUGAUUUCUCAGCUCUAUGAAGAAAAUAUCUUCAUAACAGUUGGAGAUCGAGAAUUCCAGUUUCCUCGCGAGAUAUUUUCUGAUCCCGGAAACAGUCCAAACUACUUCUCCCUGGGCUUCAGUUUCUUCUUCUUCAGCUCCCCUACUGAGAUAUUUCCCGGCCUAAGUAGAGAAGGUCUUCUUCGACCACCAUCUAUCCUCCCCCCAUCAGUACCCAACCGCUCUUCAAAGACAUUUUCCGAAAUUCUUCAUCUUCUCCGUGGCUACCCACUUGAAAUCCGUAGUCCAGAACAUCGUGCUGAACUCUUACGGGAUUGUCGAUAUUUCCAUCUUAAAGGUCUUGAACAAAAAUUGAUUCCUUAUUCCAUUUCUUAUAAUCUACUGCGCAAAAAAUCAGAAAUUACAAUUCGACUCGCGGAUAUCAGACAAUCUGGCCUCUCUGUCCUAACAAAUAUAUCCCCAUCUACUGCUCCCUCUACUGAACCUCUCACCUCUUCAAACCCAUCCCCAACAUCAUCUGUAGGAUACGUAAACUAUCAACGCCCCUUUGCCGAUUCAUCGCCCUCCGAGCUUGUUCUCGAAAUAGGUGAUUCGGCUACAUUGCUUCACUGGGAUACUAUGCGCUUGGAAUUUUUCGGAGAAACGAAAAUACGGAUGGGUAGAUUGUUGGAGGUGGUUGCUACGAAACUCAAUUUGCCAGUUAAGCAGCCCUUGGGAUUAUUGAUGAAAAAUGGUGGCGCGAGCAGCGAGCCAGCUAGUCCGGGCAAGAGUGGACUGAGUGAGGAGAUGGUAAGAUUGGUUGUUGGAGAAGACUGUGGGGUGGUGUGUGAUGGGAAGGUGGUUGAUUUGAAUGGGGCUACAGAUGAGAAUUCUAGUGUGGGUGGUCAAGGAAGUAGCAAGAAGAGGAGAAUAGGAGAUGGGAUUGCGCUUCCGGUAAAUAUGGAUGUAGGUCCAGGAUCAAUGAAAGAUGAAAGCUGGAUUGUGAAAUCGGGACAGUGGAGGUUGAGGGUUCAAAAUCAUGGGGGUGCUGUGCAAGGAGCGAGGAUGGGAGUGGGAGUGGGAGGACAGGCUUUGGUCAGUGGGAAGGCGGAGUGGGAAUGUGUGUUGGUGGCUGUGAGAUUGGAUGCUGUUAGUGGGGAAAGGGGGAGAAAUCUGAGUAGAGGGUUUCUGGGUGAGUAACGCGUGUGGUGGGGUGUGAUUCAGAGAGUGGAGGGAAUAGGAAGAAUGGAGAGAUCAGAUCUUGUAAUUUAGGGUUUGUAAUUCCGGGUUCGGGAUUGGUGUAUAGAAUACAGGGAAAAUUGAGAUGGCUGCGGAUUCUUUUGUACAAUGCUGUGAGAGUAAACCCGGUAUAGUUGCGGUAUUGCCUUCGUUUUGUUUACCGUCCUCAAGGAUAAAAUAAUGGAUGUU